AUGUCUAAAGAGUAUAAGAAACCUGAGAAGUAUAUCCCGGGGCCAAAUGACCUGGCUUUACCCCCACAAUUAUCUGAAUUCAAGGAUAAAACCACCGAUGAGGUUCUUGAAGAAUUGAAUAGGAUGCCAUUUUUCAUGACUCAGUUGGAUGAAUCUAAUGGUGACGGUGGAGAGAAUACAGUGCUGGAAGCCUUGAAGGCUAUGGCUUACGAAGGUGAACCUCAUGAAAUAGCUACUAAUUUUAAAAACCAAGGGAACGAUCUGUACAAAGUCAAGAGAUUCAAGGAUGCUAGAGAUAUGUAUGAUAAAGCUAUCAAUAUUAAAUGUGAAGAUGAUUCUGUCAACGAAUCACUAUUUUCUAAUAAAGCUAUGUGUGAAUUAGAAUUGAAAAAUUAUAGAAGUUGUGUUAAUAAUUGUAAGAACGCCUUAGCUUUAAAUCCAAGGAACAUUAAAUGCUAUUUCCGAAUGGGUAAAGCGUUUUUUGCUUUAAAUAAAUUAGAGGAAGCUAUAGAAGCUGUUCAGUUUGGUUUGAAAAUCGAUGGUGAAAAUAAGUCCUUACAGACUUUACUUGCUACCAUCUCAAAGAGAGAUCAAGAUCGUAAAGCAUACCAAGAGAAAAGACAACAAGAAGAAGAGAAAAAGGAAAAUCUUCAAAAAUUUUUAACUGAUGCAAUUUUAUUAAGAAAUGUGAAAAAUAUUACAACAAAUCAACACUCUGAAUUCUUAAAAGAAGCUAAAGUUAAAUUGGAAAAUCCAAUGGAUUUUGAAUCUCAAAUGAUAUACCCAACAAUUAUAAUGUAUCCAACUACCGAUGAGUUUGAUUUUAUUGCCGAAACUGGUGAACUAUCCACUAUUCAAGAAAUUAUAGAUAUGCUUAUGAGUAGACCAGAUGAAUGGUUUGAACAACCAGGUCAUGAAAACUUUAGUCCCAAGAAACUGCUUGCAUAUAUGGAAACUGAGUCGGGCGGAUUAAUUAAAGCAGGCAAAAAAUUAACUAUUCAUGACAUCCUGAAGAAGGAUAGUCCCAAGGUUCCAGUCUUUGAUAAUGCGCUAAAGGUUUAUCUGGUCCCAAAAAGUGAAAGCGAACAAUGGAUAACUAAAUGGGAUAAAGUUGAGGCAAUAAAGAGAAGGUUAUGA